AUGAACAACAUCUCUCCCCAGCGACAUGAGCAGGGCGAACCAUGGUUCGACGACGGAAAUCUCGUUCUGCUCACAGACAAACCUCCAGUCGCGUUCAAGGUGCAUCGCGGAGUCCUCGCGCGGCACUCGGAGAUAUUCCAGUCCAUGUUUGAAAUGCCCUCACCCUCCCAGACGGACGUCGAAACCCUAGAUAAUUGUCAAGUCGUGCGGAUGUAUGAUCUACCGGUCGAACUGAGUAGCCUUAUCAAGGCGCUGUAUGACGGGGCUUCAUUCCAGAAUAACUGUGUCGAAGACUUCUUCUACCUUGCCGGCAUCCUACGUCUCGCGACGAAAUACUUCAUUGCGCACAUGCGCACACAAGCUAUCCACCACCUCUCCCAGACAUGGAGUCACACCCUCCGAGGUCACGACCUCAUGCUUGAACUCGCGAUAAAGUCACCCGAGGUCGAUGGCCUGACGUAUCCAUACGUCCAUCCUCUGCACGUUCUCAAUCUCGCUCACGAAACCAACGUCAGCGUCGUCGUGCCGUCGGCAUUAUAUUUCCUCUCGCUGUACCCCCUUCACGAUAUCUUGCGAGGUGACCACGCCAAACUGAAAGUGCAGCACCCAUCGCGACCAUCGUCCGACCUCUCUGCUCGCCAGAUGCAGGACUACACCCUGAUGUUUCAACAUCGAUUAGAUCUUUUGCUGGAUUUUAUCCGCCGUGUGUGCGGCCAGCGCACGGCAUCUAGCUACUGUAAAGGUGACCCUACCAUGUGUACAAAGGCAUUUUCCAGAUUAGCGUCGAGGUUGUCCCGCGGUUGGAUGAUAAGGACUGGCCCCUUUCAUUACAUGGUGCAAGCUGUGGAUGAAUUAGCUGAGGACCCCAACCUCUGUAUGCCGUGUCAACGAGCAUUUGGCCAGGACGUGAUAAUAGCACGGUAUAAGCUUUGGCAGGAGCUACCGAGUGUCGUAGGUCUUCCAUCCUGGAAGGAAUUAAUCUCAAGGGAUCUAGAGCAAUCUUCCUGA